UUAAAAAGAAGAGGCAGGAGGUGGUUUAUGAAAUACCAGCAUGUGGAUUCCGAAGGAGCAGUGCGGAUCCACAUCGAUGUACAAGCCAAGAAGUCUAUCGGCGUUCACUGGGGAACUUUUGCUUUAGCAAAUGAGUACUACUUAGAGCCACCUGUUAAACUGAAAGAAGCUCUUGAAAGAUAUGGAUUGCAAACGGAAGAUUUCUUUGUUCUGAACCAUGGAGAGUCGCGAGAUUUAAAUAUUAACGAUGACGGAUUUGAAUAGAAGCAGAAAAAAAAAAAUUCUUAUUAACCGUAACUGGGGGCGGG